AGGACUCGAGUGUGAGCAAUGUCAUGAAAGCCGUAGCCAAUGUGCUGCCGCGCAACUUCAUCAUCCCUGAGGUGAAAGCCAACUUGACGGCAGAGGAGCGCAGUAGCAUCCUUGCACGCUUCCCGGGCCAUUGCUACAAAAAGGUAGCGAAGGUGAUGCUGGGGGAGCCGCCUCAGGACUACAAGACUUUCAUCCAACAGGCCUUACUGAAAGAGAAGAAGGAAGCAGCUGAGGCAGAGUUGGCGCGUAAAAAGGAGGAAGCUGCGCGGAAAAAGGCGCAAGAGGAACAGAGGAAAGCGCGCCAGAAGAAGGAGGAGGCAGCCAAGGCUGAAGGAAAGGAAGGGGAGAAGGAGAAAGAUGAAGCAGGUGAAGCAGAAGGGGAUGCGGCAGAGGAGCUGUACAUGGUGGAGACAGAGGAAGUCGUCGAGGAAGAGGCUGGACAGCUCAUGGUGAAGGUCGAACUGACCGCGGAGGAGAAGAAGUCUGAGGCCUAA